AUGCUAAAUCAACACGCAUACGUAGGCAGAUCCAGAUGUCGCUCAUCAGAUGUGCAUGUCCCCCUGCUGUUUGAUUUCACGUCUUACUUUUACUGUUUAAGGAGAAGUGAGAGCGUUUCGCUGAACGAAAGCGACGAUCGUGUCCGUGAGCUGUCAAAGGAAAACGUCACUCUCAAAGAACAGGUGUUCCUCGCGCAGGAGAAGGUUCGAGAACUCCAAGUUGAACUUUCUGCUAAAAAUAGCGAAAUCGCUUCGGCUAAACGUGGAAUCGAAGAGCUCAGCCGGAAUUCGGUAAGAGAUGCUUACCGAGGUUACUAG